AUGGCUGCGCAAUAUCGUGCGACAUGCACGGCGUAUCUCAAAGGCAUGAAAGUGCCUGGUGGCUGUGGAUCCGGCGACGGCACUUGUGAUACUCUAUGCAGUUCGUCGGCACAAUUCGCGGGUGCCUCCACAGUUUCCAAGUCACUCGGGGAGAUAGACGACAACGCCACUCCGAAUUGGAACACGUAUUACUACAACAACGUGGUCGUCAACACCUUUGGUGGCCAGAUCGUCUGGUGGUUUGAUUGUGAGGACUACGACCCUUGGAAUGCGAACGAUGAUAUGGGCUCAAGGACCUUCACAGUACCCAUGAACACCAACGCUGAUUAUGGAUCGGUCUCCUCUUCAACGUGGUACGAUUUGGGAGGAACUGCAAGCGGAACGUUUCCGGUGCAAAACAUCUACGUCGCCUUCCGCGCCAAUUGCGAUGCCAACUACUACAAUUCGACGUGUGCCGAGUUUUGUCAAGUCGGUAAUCCCCCCGCCUGUACUGCCUGCAAUGCUGUGAGUGGCAAUUGCACUUGCUCCGUUGGUUACACGGGCAAAGACUGCGAGUCCUGCGUUGGCUCAAACUACUGGCCAGUUGGCACGUCGGGGCAGACCGACUUCCAAUGCGUGUACUGCGCGAAUACAUCCCUUCCCACUGCUUGCUACACGUGCGGCACAGGUGGCGUCAAAAGCUGCUGUGGCGGCUGGACUGGCCCGAAUUGUGACAUUUCAAACGUGUGCGGCGCGUUCCCGAUGCCUCCUUUGAACUCGAUUGCCGUCAUGAAUGCCACUUCUUGUAACUGCAACACUACUGGAUGCAUGUGCACCUAUGCAUGCAAGUCUGGCUUUUCUGGUGGCUCUGCUACCACGACGUGUCCUUCAAGCGGGCCUUGGGGCUGGAGUUCAACUUUGACCUGCACGGACAGAGACGAAUGCGCUCCGGGCGGCGGCAACCAGUGCAAUCAAAUCUGCAACAACACCAUUGGCGACUAUACUUGCGCUUGCAACUCGGGAUACAGCAUCAACAACGCUGGCCGCGGUCCGAGCGGAUGCACAGACCUUGACGAGUGCUCGACAAACAAUGGCAACUGUGGCCAAAAUUGCAACAACGUUCCAGGAUCGUACCAUUGUUCCUGUUACGAUGGUUUCCGGUUGCAGGGCGACGGCAAAUCAUGCUCGGAGAUUGACGAAUGCCAAGAAGGCUUGGACAAUUGCGACGGGAAUGCCACCUGCACCAACACCAUUGGCAGCUUUGAAUGCGCGUGUUAUGCCGGAUUCGUGGGCAACGGCACUGUUUGCACGGACGUCGACGAGUGCGCCACUUUGCCUUGCAGUGAGUUUGCUGACUGCGCCAACUUUCCCGGCAACUUCACUUGCACCUGCCAAAUCGGUUAUGCGGGCAACGGCGUCCAGUGCGUGUUUGGAAAUUCAGCGGCUUUUGCGGAAAGCUCGCGGUUUGUACUCCUUUCUGACGGCGUUGAAAUGCUUCCUGAAUUUGACGGUAUUCUUGUCCUCUUUAACGUGUCUUCGCUGGAUCUCAUCCUCGGCGUUGAUUACACUGUGGAGACCCCAUCUCCGCUGGAUUCAGUAAGCGCGUUUAACAAGUCGACAAUUGCCGUGGACGCCAAUGACAAUCCAAAUGCAGUGGUACGCUUUUCCGCGGCGUCGCGCGCGUUUCGGGUGGACAUUACCGCUGGCACCUACCCUCUCACGAUUGAGAGGUACUCGUAUGCAUCACUCGUGAAUGCCAUCAAUGUCACUGUGUGGUGCGAUUUCCCAGUGCCCCAAAACAUUUCGAUCGUGAUUCCCGCAAAUCAAGUCGCAGCAACAAAGGUCAUUCAGCUGCCAUUCUCGUCUGUGCCUACUCUUGAUGUCGAGCACACGUAUACCAUCGUAGAUGCAACGGUAACUGGCAGUGGAUCUGCCGCAGCUAUCGGCUACUAUUCGACUUCUCGCGUGACCGUGAACGCACACGACGACCCUUAUGGUGUGUUUGGAUUCAGCUUGACUCAAAUGUCAGUGGCGGAGAGCUCUACGGGCUUUGUGCAGUUAAAGCGGCUCAAGGGCACUCUGGGAACUACGGUCGUCCGCGUGCGCACGUUGACUUUGAGCUCAAGUCAAACAAAUGGUGUGGGAAUUGCAUCCCCAAGCGACUAUGCCGCUGUUUCCCAGCUUGUCACUUUCAGCGAAAACGAUGUCGAGGCCCAAGUCUCUAUUGCAGUGCUUGCCGAUGGUGUCCCUGAGCUGGAUGAAAUGUUUGGUCUGCUCUUGGAGUAUGUGUCCGGACCUGGCCGUGUCGAUGCGACAUUGGCGCUGGCGUUGGUCACCAUUCCCGAGAACGACAAUGCGCGUGGUGUUCUCUCAAUCACGCGGGCGUCCAGUUGCUUUGAAGAGUUGCCCCUUGUUGGUGGAGUUCCUCAGCUGAACAACACGGUGGCGAUUGAAGUCAUCCGCUCUGGUGGUCUGUAUGGUGCCAUUUCAUUUACCUGGUCGAUGCACAGCGGAAGGUUCAAGAACACGACGCUGUCCGCCGACAAUCGAGCAUCAGCGCCCGAAGAUUACACGGCCUCUUCAAGUCAAACCGUGACCAUUGCUGCUGGUGUGGACCGUGCACAGAUUGAAGUGAUGCUGCUUGCCGACUCAAUCCCAGAGUUGGACGAGUACUUUUGGGUGCAGCUGGAUUCGGCAAGCUACGGCGUGACCAUAGACCCCAUCAGCAACUUUACAGACGUUUGCAUCGGCAUGAACGACAAUCCAUUCGGAUCUUUGGCGUUCGAGCGUGUCAGUCUCACGCCGAGUGCGACGGGCGAGAGCCGUCUGCUUGUUCGCGAGAGCGAUGUCUCCGCUCGCACUAUCACGUUUGAACCUGGACAAAGUACUGCGUUGGCAUCAUGGACGAUCAGCGCAGACAGCGCACAGGAGCCGACCGAGCUGUUCAAGCUUGUUUUGACGGCGAACGGAGCCAGCGCUGGUCAGGAAGCAACUUUUCUUGUUGGCGCGACGUCGUUGGACUCUACCAUCCCGUGCGCUAUUGAAGCCCAGGAUGGUGUAACCGGCGUUUUGUCUUUUGUUCAACCGACAAUUUCUGUUGUCGAGGAUGCUGGCAAGGUCACUCUGACAGUGCAACGUGUCGGCGGAAGUGCCACAGAAGUCAGCUUCCAGACCAACGCAGUGCCUCUUUCUGCAUCCGGCGACGACUUUGACGCGUCAAAUCAAAACAACAUGCACAUCAUGGCACCUUCGCAGACGAGUGUCUCGUUUGACAUUGAGGUUUCAAAGGACAGUGCUUCUGAACUCGACGAGACCUUUACUGUGACGCUCGUCAACGUGACUGGUGCGACCUUGUCGUGGAUGUCAGUGGCGACUGUGACCAUUCUGAGGAAUGACGACGUCAACGGCGUGGUUGAGUUUGCUCCCUCUUCGGGACAAAAUCCACUUGUAACGACCGUCUCCGAGGACUCUGGCUUGAUUCGGCUCCCUCUGUGGCGCGAGAUUUCACAAGUCGGUGUCGUCACAUUGAGCUUUGUCGUGACAACCGACCUCUCGUCCGAUCCCGUGUGCGCGUCUCUGUCGGGUUUGGGUCUGUCCUCAGCCCCAGCAAACCUGACACGAGAUGUGGACGCGGCGCCGUUUGUGCUGACAUUUGGAGACGGUCAAAACGAGGCUGAGCUCGCGAUACUGCUGCACGACAACAGCUUGCUGGAUGGCAGUCGAGUCAUGUUCAUCUGCCUGAAGGAUCUGCAAGGAGGGGCGCGCUUUGGUGCCUCUCAAGCGAUGGCAAUUGUCAUUCAAGAUGACGAGCAUGAUACCAACGAAUCAAGCUCCGCUCCAGUAGCUGCAGCUGCUGCAGGCGCAGCAGCGGGAGGCGUUGUUGUGAUUCUGAUCGUCCUGCUGGUUGUCGGAUUGAGACGUCGUCGAGGACGUUCGAACUUCUCUGGAGCCUCCAAGGGCAAGCAGCUUUCCGGUGCAAGUGAUCCAACUUACGAGGCGGUGUCUCGUAAUCAAAUGUAUGACAACAAUUUACGAGUGCCAGACGAGACCUACCAACCGGUACUACAGACUGUGGUGCAAGAAGACCCCUACGAAUCACUGCCACAACCAACAGCUCCCGAUGAAUCGUUGUUCAACACUGUUAAUCCAGCUUGUGAGAAAGUCACCGAGGACAAUCCCGAUUUUGAUGCAAUGCGCGCGAGUUUCCGACCUUCGGUGCCCGUUGACAAUUAUGAAGACCUGUAUAUUGCGAGUGUCACCGCGUUCCAACAGCACCAGCGCUUCUCGAGGCAUGAGCUGAAGCUCUCAACACAGCUUGGCUCGGGCAAUUUCGGUGAGGUCUGGCUGGCGCAUGUGCCCUCCCGAUGGCUCGAAAAGAAGUCACGUCAAUCUCUCUCCGUCAGCGCAACGACUGUUGCCACUGUUGCCGUUGCCGUCAAGACUCUGAAAGCCGGUGCCAGCGACAAGAGCAAGAGUGACUUUGCCAGUGAAGCCCAGAUCAUGCGCCGCUUCAACCAUUCCAGCAUUGUUUCCGUUGUCGAAGUGUUUGUCGAGGAGGAGCCCUGGAUGCUCGUGCUCGAGUUGCUUCCGUACGGUGACUUGCACAAGUGCAUCGAAUCGUGCCACGCUCGUGGGUUGACACCAACUACAGGAGAGUACCUGCACAUGUUUUCGCAAGUGGCAAGCGGCUUGUCAUACCUUGCUGGGCUGCGCUUUGUGCAUCGCGAUAUCGCAGCACGAAACUGUCUUGUGGGAGCGGACUUGGUGGUCAAGAUCUCUGAUUUUGGCCUGUCUCGCGAGCUCGAGGAGCAGAACUACUACCGCAUGCAAACGCGUGGAGCGCUACCAGUUCGCUGGAUGGCGCCCGAGUUUUUGCUCUUCCGCAAGUCGUCGCCUGCAUCAGAUGUCUGGGCGUUUGGAGUUCUCAUGUGGGAGGUCAUGUCCGCGGGUGUGUUGCCAUACAAGGGCGUCGAUUCCAAAGCCAUCGUGCAGUUCCUCGAAAGCGGCCAGCGGCUGUCUCGUCCACCGCUUUGCAACGACAAGCUUUGGGCGUUAGUCUCGAGUUGCUGGACUUGGGAGGUGACCGACCGUGUUGAUGCCGCACAGCUCUAUGCUGCGUUUACGGGAAUGGCAUUCGACAACCCCGAAUUGGACUCCGUUCGCGACUUGGGAGCCCUGCUGGCCGGAACCAGUUCGUUUAUUUGA